CUAGAAAUUCAUUAAAUCCACUAAUUAUCUUCUUUAAAAUUUUCCAUGUUUUAUUAUAAGCUCAACUUAUAAACAUCAAAACUAGCCAUCGAAACAAACAGAAGAACCAAAUUCCAUAGCUAGAAAGAUGUUGCAAUCGAGAUUAAGAGCUUGUAUAAUAAGUAAGAACAAAUUAGGGGCAAAUUGGGCAUUUUCUAAAAGAUUAAUUAGUGAAGAUAGUAAGCCUCCUAAGGGAAAAGAUUCAGAGGAGGCAGCGAAAUUCAAAGCGGCCACCGCACCGCCUCGAACAGCGACCGACGAACCGGAUCCACCAGUCCAACCAAAGCCACCGAUUUCUUCAUCCCAAAAGAUAGGACACACAGAAGUGGGCCACUCAUCAGAGCCCAACACUCAACAAAGGCGUAAAGUGUCAAACCAGCCGGCCCAAUCAGAUAACACAGACGCUCGAAAGGCCGAAAAUCGAGCCCAAGAGGAAGACAACAAGAACUACUUCAAAGACCACAAGGCAUCUCCUUUAUCAGAAGUGGAAUUUGCUGAUACGAGGAAGCCUGUAACGCAGGCUACGGAUAGUCCGACGUCGUAUUACGGGAAGGAGCCCGGAUUGAUCCUGUUUACACCUGAGCAGCAGGAUACCGCCGAGGCUUCGUUACUAAGGGCUGUUGAGAUAUGGAAGUGGAAUAAGAUGAGGGGUGAUCCUGACUCUCCUCAUGGUAGAGUCCUCAGGGAACUUCGUGGUGAAUAUUGGUGAUCAAUGAUAAAUUAGCCAAAUCAUGGUAAGAUUUAGCAUGAUAUGUAAACAUGCUAGCUAUAACAUGUCGAAGAUGAUAAAAUUGAACACUUACUUAAAUUUUAAGUUAGUAUGUCUUUUGCUUCAUGGCCUUCAUCUAUAUGUAUGUUGAGGCAAUAUGUCUCGUGUAAGUGUAAGUGGGUUGUCUUUGGAACGGGCCAAGACAAAGUUGUGCCUUAUUGGAUUGUAUCGAUCAUUCAAAGCCAAAUCCUAUCUAUGUUGUGACUACCUGAUUGGCCAAUGGGUCCCUAGCUUUAAUUAGAUUUUAAUUUAUAUGUUAUUUUAAUUAGAUUUUAUAUAUUAGGCAAAAAAAUGGGUCAAUCAAUGGUGCUCAUGCCAACUUUUGAAAUGAA